AUGUCCCGAAUCGUCGCCGUCGCCUCCCCGACGCCUUCGACCGCGCCGCGCACCACAUUACGUCGACGUGAUACGUUCAUCGCGCCCUUGCUCGCGUCCUGCCUCGUUCGCCCCGCGCGCGCGUCGCUCGUCGACGAAACGUCGGCGACCAGAGUGUUCGCAGAGACGUCGAAAAGCGUCGCGCGCGUCGCCGUUGUCGCGCCCAAUGGCGAGAUUAGCGGCCGCGGGAGUGGUGUGGUGUGGUACAUCGACGAUGCGUACGCCUACAUCGCGACGAACGCGCACUGCGUGGUGAAGGGGAAUGAAAACGAAAAGUUGGUCGUGAUGCUCGCGAGCGGCGCCGCGGCGGCAUUGGAUAAAGACGCAUCGUAUUUCGUCAACAGAAGCACCGAUAUUGGGUUUUUGAAGGUACCUAUUGGCAGUUUCGGUGCGGACGCGCCCGUGGCGGCGAAGAUCGGGACGAGCGAUAAUUUGCGCGUCGGGCAGAGCGCGUUCUCGUUGGGAUUUGAAGAGGACGGCGCGGCCGUGCUGAGCUCUGGAACUAUUAAUGGAUUGAAGAGGAAAAUUCCGAGCAGGAACGGGGUUGGGUUGAAAGGUUUGAUUCAGACGGACGCGCAAGUCACGGAGUUUACGAGUGGGGGCGCGUUGUGCGAUAGUGCUGGACGGGUGAUUGGAUUGAACGUCGUCGCGUACGCGGGAUCGCAAAAGCGAGAUCCGCAAGGCGUGAACUUCGCAAUCCCGAUCGAUGCCGUGCGCUUAGCGGCGGAACAAAUGUGA